UGCGUCGACGCACACACAUCCGCCUGCUCGCUUCUUCGCGAGUGUAUACGGUUAUUAGAGACACUACCCAAGAAAGUUGAUUAUAAUUAGUUCAAAUUUGACCUUCAGUGUCCAAGAUGAUGGGCGAUAGUCAUUCGAGGCCCCUACAACCAAGGAAGAACCCAAUUUCAGACGAUUAUAGGAUAACGGGCAGUGUUUUGGGGCUAGGGAUUAACGGAAAAGUGGUUGAGUGUUUCUCACGGGCGACAGGGGAAAAGUUUGCGUUGAAGGUGCUCCGAGAUGUCCCCAAAGCGAGGAGAGAGGUCGACCUUCACUUCCGCGCAUGUCAUGGGUGCUGCCACAUAGUUCGUAUUAACGAUGUUUACGAAAACAACUACUCAGGGCAACGAUGUCUUCUGGUUGUCAUGGAGUGCAUGGAGGGUGGAGAGCUGUUUACAAGGAUCCAGGAACGGGCAGACUCAGCAUUCACAGAGAGAGAGGCUGCAUCAGUUAUAUGUGACAUAGCGAAGGCCAUACAGCAUCUUCAUUCCAUGAACAUAGCGCACAGAGACUUAAAGCCAGAAAAUUUGUUGUAUUCAAAGCGUGGUGAUAUGGGAGUGCUAAAGUUGACAGAUUUUGGUUUCACUAAAGAAAUCAGCAACUACAAGUCCUUACAAACACCCUGCUAUACACCAUAUUAUGUUGCACCGGAAGUCCUUGGACCCGAGAAGUAUGACAAGUCAUGUGACAUGUGGUCCCUAGGUGUUAUCAUGUACAUAUUACUUUGUGGUUAUCCCCCCUUCUAUAGUAACCAUGGUGCUGCCAUCUCCCCCGGAAUGAAGAAGCGGAUCCGUAACGGGCAGUACGAGUUCCCCAACCCGGAGUGGAGUCGGGUGUCCACAGAUGCAAAAGAGUUGAUUAGAGGUUUACUGAGAACAGAUCCUGAUCACAGACUGUCUAUAUCAGAGGUGAUGCAGAACAAGUGGAUUAAAAACUACUCAAUGGUGCCGCCAACACCCCUGAUGUCGGCACGGGUGUUGCGAGAGGAGGAAGAUGUCUGGAUGGAUGUGCAGGAGGAGAUGACCAACGCACUGGCCACUAUGAGAGUGGACUAUGACCACUGUUGCAACAUCAAGAACCUAUCUGAUUCCAACAACCCCAUUUUGAAAAAACGACGAACACAAUCAGGCAAGACCAAGGGGGCUGAGGCUUCGUAGACUCAUCUUCCAUCGCCACCUGAAUCAUCAUCCAGCAACAGCCAGCAGGCCGGAACACCACGAGAGAUAUUCAUUUAUUACCCUUAAGGACAUAUUGAGGAGGUAUAUACUAGACAGUGUUGAAGGGCAAAUGGUGCAUGGUUCUGCUGGCAGGUGCUUGGUGGGGAGCAGCCUGUAUGUCGAGGACCAACAUGUAACAUGGGCCUCAUAGUGGGUGGGCAUUUAGGUGACUCCAGUUUUGAUUCUAUGCCAGAUGAAUUUCACAGACCAAUGUCAUAUUUUUUUGGAUUUCCCAGACCAAUAUCGCUCACAAAAAGGGAACAAUUAUCUGACUCCUGGUGAGUUACUUAUAGAUAACAUAAGAACAGGAUCUCGUCGGUGAUAUUUCUUUUUGUUAAGAAGGUAGGAUUAUCUUGGAAGAGGGAUAUGACUUGGUCUGGACUGUUGUGUGAGUCAUCCUGUUGUCAGUGCUCCCAGUCUUCAGCCCCACAUCAAACCGUGACGGCUGAACAGUUAGUAAACUCACUUAUAAACAUCCUGUUUUGUAGAACAUGCUAAACAUUGUUCAGUUCUGCUUGUUAUUGUUAUUCAGUUUUGAAGCUGCAACUUGUGAAGUCAACAUGUUUGUUACAGUGAAAUGUAUUUGUUCUUUUAGGCAUUUUAUGGCAGUUUUGGCAAACAGACAUUUAGUUGAGUGGAUAAGUCUCAGUUGAGGGAAUUAUAAGAUAUAUUUAACACUUAUGGAAUAAUUUUGGCUCUGGGAUGAAGGCCGGAACGGAAAAGGAAAAUUGACAAUGAUAUUUCUUGUUGUCUCCCUUGGACUUCAUACACCAAGCUUUCACUCUGAUUGUUUUCCCACCAAUUGUACGAGAAACUAUUAUGACCUGCCUACACUAUGUGAAAUACCAGCUGAGUCUUGUAUUUGUGUUGGUGGGCUGGCCUUUCCAUGGUAUGCAGAUAUCCCAUACUGAUCUGCUUGUCCCCAAUUGCCUUAUUUGAGAUAUAUGUCAAUGAUGUGAUGUCAUCAGUGUGAUAUCAUCAUGGUGAUGUCGUCUGUGUGAUAUCAUCAUGGUGAUGUCGUCUGUGUGAUAUCAUCAUGGUGAUGUCGUCGGUGUGAUAUCAUCAUGGUGAUGUCGUCGGUGUUAUGACAAGGGGACAACAGACACAUGGUCACACAGCUAUGUUCUUCCAUCGCCUAUUAAGACAUGGACACGUUGCAGGGUGGUUGUGGUCUUCAUGGAGUGCGGCCUCAUGUAAUCAGCUCCUUAAACUAGACACACAUCACCGCUACAAAGUGAAGUGAUUGUAUGUCUUCACAGGUGAUGGAGGAACAUAUUGUCCUGAAUCUGAGGAGUAUAACUUCCUUAAGUGGCAUUUAGAAGCUGGUACAUCUGGACUACUGAUGAUGCCUCAGCCAGGUGUGGCAUUUAGAAGCUGGUACAUCUGGACUACUGAUGAUGCCUCAGCCAGGUGUGGCAUUUAGAAGCUGGUACAUCUGGACUACUGAUGAUGCCUCAGCCAGGUGUAAUGAGCAGUCAGUUUUACAUCCGUGUAUCGUCCAUCUCGACAUAGGACGUUAAAUACGUUAGGUCCACAAGUAGUAGGUUUUACCUGAGAUGAGGAGUUUCACUUGUCGUUAAGCAGGUGGAGGUGCAUAAAAUAUACAUGUAUCUGAGCUGGUGAAAAGUUUUGUACUUCACUGACUGGGUCUUCAGCAGGUAUUGCACACCCAUUAGGGGUGGAACAUGUCCCCCUUUAGCGGAUAUUGUACACCCUGUAGUGGUGGAACAUGUCCCCUUGAGCAGGUAUCGUACACCCAUUAGGGGUGGAACAUAUCCCCCUUUAGCGGGUAUCGUACACCCAUUAGGGGUGGAACAUGUCCCCCUUUAGCGGGUAUCGUACACCCAAUAGGGGUGAAACAUGUCCCCCAUGAGCAGGUAUCGUACACCCUGUAGUGGUGGAACAUGUCCCCCUGUAAAACACCAGCUUUAAUGUUUCACUCUCUUGCAUUUGUCUCCAUGAAUGACCUUGAAGCUGUUACAUCUGUUACUGGGACAAUGUUCAGUGUCUAGAUCUUUGACAGGUCAUAAGUUUGUUAAUGUUUGUUACUACUGAUUGUCUUUGUGCCAAGAUCGUUAUAAGUGUUAGACUGUCACAAGAUGGUUAUCAUCCAAGGGAGUUGUAUGGCCUCAGUGCUACUGCAGCUUUGUGAAAUUUGGCCAGAAACAUGGCACAGAAAAUGUCACCCUUUUAGAAUCAGAAGUGGAUAUGUUAAUAAUUCUCACCAUCUGUACAAACUGUUCAACUGUUUGUAUUUCAAAUACCUCCAUCACAAAUCAGUAACGAACAUCAAGGUCAUUCAUGAUAUUUGAAUGAAAUUAUUAUUUGGUUCAACUUGGUAAGUUUGUAGGCUGUCUAUGAUUUGUUAUCACAUGCAGACUGGUGAGAUAUCUUUUAGCAAAAUGUUUUAUGAUCAUGAAGAUUUGUUAUGUAGAUGUUUGUGUACAUGUGUUCUUGUGAGUUACGUGCCUUGUGUGUUUGUUAGAGUGAUUUUACCAUCAUGUAUAUCAUUUUACCAAACUGAGUAAGAAAGGUUUCAAUCUUGACAUUUUCAGAAUGAUAUUGUGAUUCUUUGAUGAUGAUUUCAAAGCAGAAAUUGUAUCAGUAAUUUUGUAUUGAAAAUGACAAAUACCGUGUUCUGUGAAAUCAUCAGCGUGUUUCAGGUGAAAACAACAUGCAUUUAGUACACAUAUCUGUUUCCACUGUGAAACAUCAGGCCACCACUGUUUAACUGAAAUGUACUUUAAAUAAGGAUCCGUUUUAGUUUUCUCCUCAACAGGACCUUUGAUAAAUUACCAGUGAUAUUGUUUAGGAUAUUACAGUUAAAUACAGGCUUGGUAUAAUUUGUGUACAGGUUGUAUUAUUGUGAUUCUCUUCAGUCGAUCAUCCUGUUGGGGAUAACUUACAGACACCUGUCUAACGUUCUAGGGUUGUACAAAAAUGUCAUACAUACAGUUAUUUGUUUUUUCCUUGAAGGAAUGAUAUAAUCUUAACAAUGUGAUUCAACUUUGACGCAGUGGUAACAUUGUUAUUUUGACUUCAUUAUCAACACUGGACUGUCUGCUAAACAGACAGGAGAGGUCUGUAAUUGUACAAAGAUUUCUAUAAACAGUAAUUGUGUUUAUGAUUAACUGUAAAUAAUGUGUCUGACGUAGGACUGUAUUGUUUAUUCUCAGUGGUAUAUGUUUACCCAUUCAUGAUAUCAAGAUUCUUAGAAUAAACAGAUCACGGGGUAUUGCUGGCCAGUUCAUAGCACGGGUUGUGUUGUCCUCUUUAAAAGAGUCUAUGUAUUACUGAAUGAGACAGAUUCCUAUACAGAGUCAGAGAGGAGUUGAUGAAGUUCAGUAGUCUGUUAUAUCUUCUAAAGAAUCAGCAAUGAGAACCUUGUAAGAAGUGGGGUACUCUGUCUUCAUGUUAGUGUGAAAUAUAAACCAUUGAGUGAUCAACACAUCUUAAAAGAAUCUUAAAUAUUUUUUCUUAUCUUACAUUUUCCUGGAUAUUAAGCCUAACAGUGAACUUGUGAACAAUGGGAAAGUGUGUAAGUUCUAUUGUCACUUCGUUACUGAAUCUUGAGUGUCAUGGUAUCACGAAUGGUGUAGACAUUCUGUCAGCUGUACAACGUGUAUUGCUCGUGUAAUAUAUACAGAGAUAUGUAGAUCCGUGCUGCCACAGUUACGGCUCUUUCUUUAACAAUGAAAACUAUACUGUUAAACUAUGUAACUCUUUCAAUAAUACCUUGGAAAAUCUACAGUCAUGUUAAACACUGGUUCUGGCUCUUGACGAAACUGAGAAGUAAUGCUCAUAUAUAUAAGGCUGAUGAAAAGUGCCCUGAAUCAUGGAUAUUAAGAAUCAUCACAAUGUAGCCUAAACUUGGAACAGCUAAUAUCUGUACCAUAGAUAAUAAAACAUGACUGUGUUUA